UGAUGUGAGGGGAUGGGCGGGCAAGCUAUAUAUAGUCCUGGGGCUCAGCCUGGGAGGGUCUGCUCUUCACCGUGCACCCAUCACCAUCCUUGCUCUGAACUUGGUGCUUGCUUCUCCUCAGACACAGCUCUGAGCCGCCUACAGUUAGGCUUGACCUUGACUGGGCCUCUUGGGAGUCUCUUUUUAGCCAAGACCUCCAACCAGACUUGCCCGCCAUGUCGGCCGCGCCCGGCCUCCUGCACCAGGAGCUGUCCUGCCCGCUGUGUCUGCAGCUGUUCGACGCGCCCGUGACAGCCGAGUGCGGCCACAGCUUCUGUCGCGCCUGCCUGAGCCGCGUGGCCGGAGAGCCGGCGGCGGACGGCACGGUGCUCUGCCCGAGCUGCCAGGCCCCCACGCGGCCGCAGGCGCUCAGCACCAACCUGCAGCUGGCGCGCCUGGUGGAGGGGCUGGCGCAGGUGCCGCAGGGCCACUGCGAGGAGCACCUGGACCCGCUGAGCAUCUACUGCGAGCAGGACCGCGCUCUCGUGUGCGGCGUGUGCGCCUCGCUCGGCUCUCACCGCGGCCACCGCCUGCUGCCGGCCGCCGAAGCCCACGCGCGCCUCAAGACGCAGCUCCCACAGCAGAAGAUGCAGCUGCAGGAGGCAUGUAUGCGGAAGGAGAAGAGCGUGGCCCUGUUGGAGCAUCAGCUGCUGGAAGUGGAGGAGACAGUGCGUCAGUUCCGGGGGGCAGUAGGGGAACAGCUGGGCAAGAUGCGUUUGUUCCUGGCUGCCCUGGAGGGCUCCUUGGACCGUGAAGCCGAGAGAGUGCGGGGUGAGGCAGGGGUCGCCUUGCGGCGGGAGCUGGGGAGCCUGAACUCUUACCUGGAGCAGCUGCGGCAGAUGGAGAAGGUGCUGGAGGAGGUGGCAGACAAGCCACAGACAGAGUUCCUCAUGAAAUACUGCCUGGUGACCAGCAGGCUGCAGAAGAUCCUGGCAGAGUCGCCACCACCGGCCCGUCUGGACAUCCAGCUGCCCAUCAUCUCAGAUGACUUCAAAUUCCAGGUGUGGAGGAAGAUGUUCCGGGCUCUGAUGCCAGCGCUGCAGGAGCUGACCUUUGACCCGAGCACAGCCCACCCGAGCCUGGUGCUGUCCAACUCGGGCCGCCGCGUGGAGUGCUCGGAGCAGAAGGCGCCGCCGGCCGGAGAGGACCCUCGCCAGUUCGACAAGGCGGUGGCGGUGGUGACCCACCAGCUGCUCUCCGAGGGCGAGCACUACUGGGAGGUGGAGGUGGGCGACAAGCCGCGCUGGGCGCUGGGCGUGAUCGGCGCUCAGGCCGGUCGCCGCGGCCGGCUGCACGCGGUUCCCUCGCAGGGGCUCUGGCUGCUCGGGCUGCGCGACGGCAAGAUCCUGGAGGCCCACGUCGAAGCCAAGGAGCCGCGCGCGCUGCGCACCCCGGAGAGGCGGCCCACGCGCAUCGGGAUCUACCUGAGCUUCGGCGACGGCGUCCUCUCCUUCUACGACGCCAGCGACCCCGACGCGCUGGAGCUGCUCUUCGCCUUCCACGAGCGCCUGCCGGGGCCCGUGUACCCCUUCUUCGACGUGUGUUGGCACGACAAGGGCAAAAAUGCGCAGCCGCUGCUGCUCGUGGGGCCUGACGUCGGCGGCGGCGGCAGCGGCGGCGGCUCGGAGGCUUGAGCUGCCCGUCGGGUUCGGGGAGGGGUGAGGGGACCUGG